CCUCCCCCUUCUCUCCCCCAUGGACCUCUCUUCCCUCCCCUCCAAAGACACCACUUGGUGGCUCUUCACCCUCCCUCACUUCCUCCCCUCCCAAUUCUCUCCGCUCCUCCUCCUCCUCGCCUUUCUCUCCCUCGCCUUCCUCUCCGCCCUUCUCGCCACCGCCGGCACUGCCUGGCCCAAUGGAAGGAACCAUAGAGGCCAACGUCCCAUCCCCGGCGCCCGCGGCCUUCCAAUUCUCGGCAGCUUGUUCUCUCUCACCCACGGCCUACCCCACCGGACUCUGGCUGCCAUGGCUGCAGCCAGAGGCAGCCCUCAGCUAAUGGCCUUCAGUCUAGGUUCCACCCCUGUUGUGGUUACCUCCGACCCUCAUACAGCAAAGGAGAUUCUAACCUCACCCCACUUCGCUAACCGCCCUCUCAAGCAGUCCGCCAAGAGUCUAAUGUUCGGGCGAGCCAUAGGGUUCGCCCCAAACGGCAUCUACUGGCGUCUACUGAGGCGAAUCGCAUCGACCCACUUAUUCUCUCCCAAACGUAUCGCCGCCCACGAACCCGCUCGCCAGCUCGAAUGCGCCGCCAUGUUACAAACCAUUCACAACCAACAAACCCUUCACGGAGCCGUUUCCUUACGAAAACACCUCCAAGCCGCUGCCUUGAACAACGUGAUGUGGAGCGUAUUUGGAAAGCGGUUCGACCCGACCGAUUCCAAAUUAGAAACGGUUCGCGAGUUGGUUCGUGAAGGGUUCGAGCUGCUCGGUGCGUUUAAUUGGUCGGAUUAUCUCCCCUGGCUUAGUGGAUUCUACGACCCGGGUCGUAUCCGCCACCGCUGCGCCCAACUCGUCCCUAAAGUUAAUGAAUUUGUCCGCGGCGUAAUUGAUGAGCACCGCCGCGGUCAAGCUCCGUCGGAUGAUUCCGAUUUCGUCGACGUUUUGCUGUCUCUCGACGGCGAUGAAAAGCUCAACGAGGAUGACAUGGUGGCUGUCUUAUGGGAAAUGAUUUUCCGGGGUACGGACACGACGGCGCUGCUGACGGAGUGGGUGGUGGCGGAGUUAAUUUUACAUCCGGAGAUACAGGGAGAAGUCGCGAGGGAAAUCGCCACCGCUGUGGACGGAAGUAACCUCUCAGACGCUGACGUGGCGAAUCUGCCGUACUUACAGGCGGUGGUGAAGGAGACGCUGCGGCUACACCCACCAGGUCCACUACUCUCGUGGGCCCGCCUCUCUUCGUCGGAUGUCCACCUAAGCAACGGCAUGCUUAUCCCAGAGAACACAACCGCCAUGGUCAACAUGUGGGCCAUAACGCACGACCCCCACGUAUGGGAAGAUCCACACGUGUUCAAGCCAGGGAGGUUCGUGGGUGCUGAGGUGGACAUCAGAGGGUGCGACCUCCGACUAGCGCCGUUCGGAGCAGGGCGGAGGGUGUGCCCAGGGAAGAAUCUGGGGCUGGUGACUGUCACACUGUGGGUGGCUAAGCUGGUCCAUCACUUCAAAUGGGGUCCGGACCCAGCCGCCCCAGUGGAGCUGAGUGAGGUGCUGAAGCUCUCGUGUGAGAUGAAGCAUCCUCUAAGUGCGGUGGCAGUGACAAGAAAUGGAUUUUAGGUGUUUGAGUUUGUUUGGGUGUCUUUAUGUUUUUUGUUUGGUUAAUUUUUGUCAUUGUCGUUUUGUGUUUAAACCCAAUGGUUAGGGUUUGGGUUUAGAAUGUGUAUGUUUGUGGAAUUAUUAUUAAGUGAAAAAAAAGACUCCAUUUUUUAA